AGCGAUAGACAUCAACACAAUAUCGCUUCAUACGCAAACACCACCGAACGGGAUUCAGUCUUUGAGUUAUUAACUUCUUCCUGUAUUGUUCUCCAAAACGAUACAUUCCGAGGCCCUUCCUUCACCCUGUGUGAGCACGCAGAGUUAUCGCGCGACCGUCCCAGCCUCGGUAGCUUGCCAACACGAUGUCUACUAGGAAGAAGGUCCUGCUCAAGGUUAUCAUCUUGGGCGACAGCGGUGUUGGCAAAACAAGUUUGAUGAACCAAUAUGUCAACAAGAAGUUUAGUGCGAGCUACAAGGCCACGAUUGGCGCGGAUUUCUUGACGAAGGAGGUGUUGGUUGAUGAUCGUUUAGUGACUAUGCAGCUUUGGGACACUGCGGGACAGGAGAGGUUUCAAUCAUUAGGGGUGGCCUUUUACAGAGGUGCAGACUGUUGUGUACUGGUUUACGACGUCAAUAACUCCAAGAGUUUCGAUACUCUCGAUAGCUGGCGGGACGAGUUCUUGAUCCAGGCAUCACCUCGAGACCCGGACAGUUUCCCAUUUGUUGUCCUUGGAAAUAAGAUUGAUGUGGAGGAGAACAAGAGAGUGAUUUCAUCAAAACGUGCCAUGACCUUUUGCCAAUCUAAGGGCGGGAUUCCAUACUUCGAGACGAGUGCCAAGGAGGCUAUCAACGUGGAACAAGCAUUUGAAGUCAUUGCGAGAAAUGCCCUAGCUCAAGAAGAAUCAGAAGAGUUCAGCGGGGAUUUCUCAGAUCCGAUCAACAUUCACAUCGAGAACGACCCUGGAUGUGCCUGCUAGACUAGGGAGAGUAUGGAAUGUUUUUUCUUCGUUCUUGGGGUCCUUCGUCCAGGCUUUUUGUUACACUCUUCUUUGGACGUCUUGGGCUUGUUUAUGCCAGGCAGUAGCAAUCAUGUGUAUGUAGUUGAGGAUCAUUCAUGGCGCUCUGGUGUCUGCGUCUCCUUGUCUAUACAGAAUGCAUAAUGCUUUCAGAGAGAUUUCAUGGCCUAUUGAUGCUUGUAACAAU